CCGUAGAAAAUAAUCGAAAUCGUUAGUAAAUUUCAUUUGUUAGGUUGGUGGUAGUGUGUUACAAGUGUCACUGCGAAUGCGAAAUGUCAUUUUGAAGAUGAACAUGUCAAUAACGAAAGGUGCAAGUCGGUUUCUUCGCAAAUUGGUUAUGAGACCAGUUUUCGAAAAUAUUCUUUCUGACGGUACGGAAGUGGCUGGUGCACAAAGAUAUUUUUCAUGGAGCUUGAAUAAUUCGGGAAACAAAUUUUUAUUCUCCAUCCAAAAGCUCAAAGGAUUGCAUGUUCGGGCUAUGUUUGGCAUUGAUAAAUAUUGCUUUAUCAUUACAAUAGCUUUUGCUUUUGGUGAAACAGCUAAUACAUUUGUGGAUCGGACAAUUUUGUCAUCAAGGAAUUUCGCAGCGAUCGACAAAAAGUUAUACGUUUCUGCUGUGACCAUACAAAAAACGUGGCGUGGUUAUAUUGCUCGACAAUUAAUCAAAGACUGGCACAAAAAAGUCACUUUCGUCCAGAAGUAUGUAAGAGGCUGGCUGGUUCGACGGCAUUUACCGGAACUAUUAAAAGAAUAUUAUGACGCUUUAAGCAUUAAAUAUUACCAUAAUUGCGCUACUAAAAUUCAAGCACUCUGGCGUGGUUACCGCACUCGAAAAACCACCUUGUCACUCAGAGCAUUAUUGCACGAAAGAUCAGCAAUAGAAGCUGCCUCAAGUGCGAUGAAAGAGCAAAUGAAGAAACUGUUUGAAAAACUUCGCACCGGACCGUUGAGUGAAAAAUAUCAAUAUUUAGAACAGAUCUUAAAGAUGUUGUUUGAUCGACAUCAUCUUCUCAGAACCACAAUUACGGAAGGAAUAUUUUCUAUACAUGGAUCAACGGAACUGUCAUGUAUUGAGAAAAUACUGAAAAGUUUUCGGUUUACGGCGUACAUGAAGGAACUGCAUGCACUUCUAGACAAAGAAAACUUGCAUAAAUCGAUAUCGAUCCCAGAAAUACAGGAAAGAUUCGAUUUGAACACUCACAUUCAAGAAAAGCCAUACGAAAAAAUGAUGUUAACACGAGACUGAGGCACAUUAACUAAACAAUAAACAAUUUUUAAGACGUC